CCGCCGGCAAAUAUGAUGGACCAUACAGUAUGUGGCUCUCAGACAAAUUGUUGGCGGGACAGACUCAGCCGCAGGGCGGAAGCCCGCCGGGGCUCUGAGCCUUAGGGGGGCAUUGCUUGUCGCAGCUUGACUCGCUAUAGAUAGUCUGGACGAGGAUCAAUUCAUCGUCGACUCUUGUCGCUGCUACACGACUUAUGCUCCGCUCCGCCGUUCUCACCAACUCACCAUGCGCUUCCUCUGUCUUCAUGGCAUGGGCACCAACAGCCAUGUCUUUGAAACGCAGCUCUGCAUUGAAGCGUUUUAUCCGGCGAGCGAUCAGUACUUUGCCUACUACCACGCCCACCCCCAAAGCAUCACCGAGGCUCUCUCCCAGCUCCACCGGUACCUCGAGGAGGAAGGGCCCUUUGACGGAGCAAUAGGGUUCUCGCAGGGGGCGUGUCUGAUAGCAACCUACUUGAUCCAUCAGACACAGCAAGCCCCCAGUCAGCCGCUGCCCGUGCGGUGUGCGAUUUUCUUCUCCGCGGCGCGGCCCUUCCACGUCCCCUCGUUGCAGGCGGGCGAAAUUCACUGGCUGGACGAGCCCGGGCUGCCCCCAGUGACCCCUCUGGCGCUGCCCACCGCGCAUCUGUGGGGCACGGGCGAUGCAGAGUACGGCGACCAAUCGCAGCAAUUCUGUGGGAUGUGUGAGGAGGGCUUACGCGAGGUGCACCUGCAUGCGCUGGGCCAUGAGAUUCCCGGCCCCCGCGCCAAGGAGGAGGUGCAGGGUUGCGUGCGCGCCAUCAACCGCACCAUUGAGCGGGCAGGUAUCGACCGGUAGGGAGAUUCGAGGGAUGGUUGGUUGGUUAAUUCGGGGGGGAGGGGGAGGAACGUAGGGUUGGUGGUUGGUGGGACAGAAGUCAGACAACUCGACUGUCACACGUGCGGACAACUAGUCACAGUCUCAGCCCGUGCAGCCUGGGUAGCGUAUACACUAGCGAUGUGCAACUGCCGACAGGUGGACCGUGUGAAUGGAUGGCUGCAAGAUUCUUAGUGUGAUUGGGGGCGAAAAGCGCCGUCAAGGAAUG